AUGGGUAUUAUAUUCUCAUCGGACUUGGAUUACUGGCGAUCAGUCAUAAGUAACCACGCUCAAAUACUUGGCGAGCUACAGUCGUGGCGACGACGCACAAAACACGGAAUCGAGCGCAGAUGUCCAAUCUCUUUCGAGAAGGUUGAUGAUGUUAACUCGGAGAACUAUCGCUUGCGCGCGGAUAUUGCCGCUCUUUCUACACUAAUCGAUCAGAGUAGUGCAGAGCUCAGUCACUGGAAAGCAGAAGUUGAAGCUAUACCUGCGAAUUUUCAUGAUAUCCUCAGCGCGGAGGUCAAUACUAUGAACACGAAAUAUCACGCCCUUUCUACAAAGGUUGGCAAUGGGUUCAACAACAGUACACCAGCUAUUAACCAGGGGCUUGCUAUUGGGCUACCUCUGGGCCUCGGCAUUCCUUUAACUAUAGCUGUGGUUUUCUUGUGUGUCAUGUGGAUUCGCCGCAGAUAUGCCUAUAUACCGCUGCACAUGAAUAGCGAGGACGAGGAAGCUCAUAACUAUACCAAAGUACCCAAGAAGACACGGCAUAAAAACCUCCCCAGGAAGCUCUGCGAUCUUUUUGAAGCCCUUGGUUUUGAAACGGGACAGGUUUUCCAGGAGGUCUAUGUCAUGCACAACACACCCAACAAGUGA